AUCGGCUACGGACUCUGCCAUGCCCCGCGGUCGCCCCGAGCCCAUACAGGACGCGCCUGGCGACCUCCAUGAGGACCGCUCGCCCGUGACCGACCACAGCGCCGCCGACGACAUGCUGCAGCUCGAGUUGCUCAUCCAGUCGAUCGAGCACGUCCUCGAUGAGAGUCGGGACGUGGACGAUAUCAUGGGCAACCUGCGGUCGCACACGCAACACCUCGCCGGCUUUCUCGUCGACGCCGACAAAGCGAUCGUCGCCCAUGCGUUCGCGUUUGUCGAACGACUGCACGACGCGCUCGGGCCCGUCAAUGUGGCGCCGAUCCUGCUCGAUUGGCUGCGUGCGAUCGCCUUCUCGGACGACGCGAUGACCAAGGUCGCAGUGCAAGCCGUCGCGGCCCUCUCGGUCUACAGCAUGCACGCGCUUAGCGAGUGCUACGACUCGCUCGUCCACGCGGACGCGGCGUCGGUCGAUGCGUGGUUUGGCAUGGUGCUCUACGAGGUCGCGCGCAGCUCCGACUUGCUCGCGGGUCUCUCGUCGACGCAGUUUAUCACGUACAUGCAGAUCCUGCUCAUCCACUUGGCGACGCCGUCGCUCACCGAGAGCAUUUCGCUCACCUUCCACGUCGUCUCGGAGAAGCAACCGGACCAGUUCAACGCGUGGUUCCUCGCGUGCGACGAAGAGUCGAUGCGGCACAUGCUGACGCUCAUGCCCGACAGCCGGUCGAUGGCCAAGCGUUAUGCGCAGCACCGCAAGCAGACGUCGUUCACGACCAGCGUCGCGAGCAGCCUUGGCUCGACCUUGCGGCAGUCGCGGCUGCAGGACUCGCGGCGCCUCGGCGAUUCGCGUGCGCAGCCGAGUACCUCCCAUUUCCGCAACCCAACCAGAGCGACGACCCCAACCACCGACGACACCCACGACAAGCCAGUCGACGCGAAGAAGCGGCCGAUAGAGCGCAUCGGCCGGCGAAGCCUGAACGAGUCGGCGCUCUCGGAGAUUUCGCCGCUCAACCAGUCGAUCAAGGUGCUCUCACCGCGGCCGACCAAGCCCGCAACAGGAUUGCUGUUUACAACGCCGACGCCAGUACCCAGUACAACAAUGGCACGCCAGCCGGACGAAGAAGCGUCUCCGUUUGAUGACGACGACGAUAACGACGAUGCGGAUGCGACCGAGGCGCCGCCAUCCACCGCGAUCGAUGCGACGCUGGUGUUGUACGUGCUCGUGGCGGCCAGUGUUCUCUUUGCCAUGUACGGGCUCACCGCCGGCGCGCUCUUGAUCUCGCAGGACUUUACCGCGUGGCAGCAGCGCAUGGCCCUCAACAAGUACCGCGUCAGCGUCGAGCGGAGCCUCGCCGAAGUCGCCCGGGUGGCCGACGUCGUGCACGCAUGGCGGCUCGGCGUCACCGACACGGUGGCCGCCUCGAGCUCCACGACCGACCACGACCGCGCGCAGUCCGUGUACUCGAUCUGGAGGGCGAUCGAUGACGAAUUGCACCUGCCUCGGCUGUAGCGCCAGCUUCCUUGUUAGUCGAAUAGCAGCCUCGUUAGUAC